AUGUUCACCCUAUCUCCAAAUCUCUUGAAUUACUUCGACAUUGAGUCCAAGCUCAUUAGCCUUGGUCACCUUGCUGGUCAACUUGGAGGAUUUGUUGGUGAGAGUGAGAGUGUUAAGAAAGCCGUUAAGAAUGCUAUUAAAGCUUGUUUCGACAAUAAUUCCGACCUUAAAAAUGACCUAAAUGAUGUUUACAAUUCUCUUGUUACUAACCUUUCUGUGUCUGACAACUCUGGUGGCCAGUCUGUUGACAACCUAAAAAUUAUUAAGAAAGAUAUUCAGCUUACUGAUGAUAAACUUAAGAAGCUUCAAUCGCUUCAAAAUCCUUCUCUUCCUCCCCCCUCUCCCUCUGCUGACUCAGACAAAUUGCAGUCCAAGUUGGAGGCUUUGAAGAAAGUGCAGAAGCUCUGUGGAUUUCAUGAGAAUUCUAAUAAUGCGUUAAAUGACCCUACUAACAUCCUUAAUAACCUCUGCACUGGCCUCGAAAAAUUCCUCGGCUUCAACUCUGAGUCCAAAGGCUACGACGGCACUGGCAUCGUCUACUCUGACCUGGAUAGGCUGUGUGACGGGGUGAUGGGAUUUUUGUAUCAGGUGCUCAAGGAUGUCAGCGAGAAACAGCCUUAUGAAGCAGGUGUUGAAGGCUUCACGAGCGUCGUGGACCGUGUCACUAGCAGGGUGAGGCAGUACAAUGAGAAAAUUGUGGAGUCGAAUACUAAGGUAGGUGAACCAAUUAAUAAGUUGUUAAAGCAUUUGAAAACAGACUUCCCCAAGGAAAGCGCUAAAAUUCCUAACGAGAAACUGAUAAGGAGCAUGCCUUCGGAUGAAAUUGCGUCGCACGUAAAGCCCACGGAAUUGCUGGCCGAAAAAUAUGUCGGUUACGGCAACCAAUUUGAACGCGAAAUUCUGAAAACAACCAAAGUAAUUAAUGAUCUUCAUUAUAAAUUGCGUGAGAGUGUAAGUAGUGUCCGUGAGUGCAUCAAGCAUGAGACCAGCAGACUUGAGACAUCAUGUACGAGAGAAAAGCGUAGUUAUGUGACCAUAACUGAGAUUGUAGAUAAACUUGCAACAAUGAAAAACUGCAUAAACGAAAAGAUUCAGAAGGAUGUGAAGGAUCUUGUCGAGCAGCUUAAAGCAUGGGUUAAGAUGAUUUUGAAUGACCUUGAAAAGAUUAGUAAGAAUUUGCAGGACAACAUUAAUCAGUUACAACAAUGGAUAAACGAAGCAGACGGUGCAAUACUUCAGGUGGGCAAAGAUGUUAAUAAAAUUGUAAAUGGGAGUCUUAGUUAUGAAAAGAAUGCAUGGAUUGAUGAAAAGGCGAAGGAGUUGAAUAGAUGGAGGGAUAACAUUGGAGGAUAUGUCAUUGACGUUACAGAUAUGGCGAAGAAAGUCGAGAUUGCGCUUGACGGAUUGAAUGGUGAGUUGAAGAAGGAUUUGGUGAGGAUGGAGGACAUUGUUAGUACGCCCAUCGUAAUACUUAAAGUAGGUUCAGAGCAGUUUUCGAAAAAAAUUGCUGCAACUCAGAAAGCUAUUGACACGGCAAUCGGGAAAGUGUCGGCGGACUUGGAUAAUGUAAAGAAGCUAAAUGGCAUUAAAGGUAUUACCGAUAAAAUGAAAAUGUUAAUGUCCCUUAAAAGUAACGCUUAUCAAAAGUUGACAAGUUAUUUCUCAAAUCUGGACUCUCAAGUCAUGACGCCCGUCAAGGAAGCGAUGGCGGAAAUUGCAAAGGUGAUUAGUUUGCUUGUUAAUGUGCAGAAUAAAGAUAUAAAUCUAGCAUUGUCUAGUGUUAAACAAAAUCUUAGACAACAGCUACAGGAAGUUCAAAAGGUUGUUAAUGGUACGGUUACAGAUCUCGAUAUCACGAAGGUUAAGAUUGAGGGCAUUGAUAUGGAAAAUUUUUCCAAACUGGAACUGACGAGGUAUGCCCCUAAUUUUCAAUCCAUAAUUCCAAAGUUGCAGUCAAAUGCAAUCUCCAAGGAAGACGUACGAUCCCUACUCACCUACCUUUCUGGCAUUGCGAAAGCCGUUACCACGCACUCCCAUCAGGUCGUUCAGAAAGUGAUGACAUCAAUUAAGGAGCAAAUACAUGAAGAGGUCAAAGUAGUUGUGGAAGCCAUACAUGUGAAAGUUGAAAGACUCAAAAAUGCUGUAGAUAACGACAAGGAAUUUGAUAUUGAGUACUAUUCUAGCGCAAAGGAUAAAGCUAAGGGCCUAAAAAAGCUUGUGAGCGAUUUCGAUAAUACAAUUAAGAAUGCGAUUGAUGCUUUCGCAGCCAGCGUUGGAAGUGUUUUUAAGAAGUCUAACGAUGGUGCAGGCGCAGACAUGGAUGUAGACGAGACAUUAGGAACCUAUAAAACUUACAGAGAUAAAUCUCUGACUCCAGCCGUUGACGCUAUUACUAAGAGAACUAUAGACAUAACAGCCGGUGGAAUCAAUACCGCGCUGACACAUAUAUCCACAGAAAUUACUGCAUCUCUGAAACAUAUAUUAAAAGCUUUUGACCAAACGGGCAACGAAGUACAACAGCAAUUAACAUUGUUGAAGAACAAUAAAAUUGGUAUGACAACCAGCAGUAAAGUGGCGCACGGCAGCCUCCAGGAACUCCAUAACAAAUUUACAGAGCUUCAAAGCAAUCUGCAAAGUGGUCCGCUCAGAAAAGCAAGGGCAUUUGCUGAACACGCCGACCAGCUGUGCAUCUCAACAAUACAACCCAUUACCGAUCACGUCAACCAGGAGUUCGAUAAGGCGAGAUAUAAUAUCAUCACGGACGCCCACAAGAGUUACAUUCUAUCGGUGAAAUCUAUCUUAGAAGCGUUUGUCACGAAGACUAUAUCGGAGUUAGAAAAACUGCCGGCCGCCAUAGAAGAUGACAAGCAUACCGGAUUCAAGGGUUUCAUGGAAAAACUCUACGACAGCUUCAACGCCAACAUCGUUCCUAAGAAGGAGACAAAAAGUGUCCGUGAUCUGUCCUUCGCCUUCCAAAAUUUCUGCUCACCACUCCACGACUACCUUAAAGCAGAGAUCGGCAGACAGAACAACGACAACCAUGCCAAGAAACACCCUUCGUCUCAGAGGUCCACAAACAACUACUCCGACGCUGUUGACUGCGUACAAAAUGAACUCGAGAAAUUAGUUAACCAAAUCAGAGCCGGCAACAGGUAUGAUCAUCAUGUGCCCGGCCUCCUCGACGGACUGACCGAUGCGAUCAACGGCCUACACCCUGAGUCAUUUUCUGAGCCGAGCAGUCCGCUGCUAGAAACCAUUGCGCACGGCUUCCGGGGUCUGGUAGGUGAGCUAGCCAAGGCCUACAUCUCCGCCUACGACAGUGAGACUAUCCAAUGGACAGAAACUGCCCUUAGCACCGGUUUAACACAAGACGCUCACCGCUGCGCCAAAAUAUUCUUGACCGCGUUUUCCACAAUUUACGAGGCUGUGCAUGACUUGAGAAUAAAUUGCAAUAGUCUGAAGGGACACCAAAUUCACUCGACCUCUGAUCUCGGCAGAUUGUUCCUACGGCACGGCUUCAGAGUAUCACACGGCGACAAACAGCACUGGGAGCUACAGAACAAGGACGUCAUAAACGGCGAAUACGUCGCCAACAGAAUCAGUUUUAGGGUUGACGCCGCGAAAGACAACGAGCAUCUUAAAAAGUGUGAGUCGAAUGAACGCAAGACGAACGUCCUCUUUAAUCUUUUUGACAUUCUCAAAUGCCUUCUGCGUCACGUCGACCAGUACAACGCAGCGUGUCACAUCGCUAUACUCCCCAAACCUAGAACGCCAUGUACCGUUUUCGAGAUGCUGGUGUGGCUUUCAGGGCUCACUUACACUUCCGCGUACCAGGCGCUGCUAUCAGACGGGUUCACCAACGUGCUUGAUAAUCCGGAUACGCCGCUUGCUGGCGACGGAGAGAUCACCGUAUUUGACAUCGAGAAGUCAUACCUAGAGGCGCACCCGCAGAGGAUCACGUAUAAGAGCAUACGGACGGUGUUGCAAUACCUUUGUUCGAAAUCGUAUGAUCUGCUCACUACCGUUGUUGGCCACGGCGACGCAGCGACAUUCUACGCCUGCGACUAUUCGAAUAACACGCUGAAUUUGUACUACCCGAGCUCCGGCGAAGAUUGUUUGCAGAUGUUGCUUGACUUCCUGCGCAGAAUUUUGCAGCCGCUCAGGUAUUUGUUCGAACGAUGCAGUGUCGCAGACAAGAACUACGGAUGGGCCGACUGUCACUACGGCAGGGACAUACCUACAACCAAAUCGCACUGCAACAUCAAGCCAACGGACGAAGCAGCGUGCCAACCAAACUGUCAACCAAAUUGCAAACCAAAUUGUCAACCAACGUCGCCAUUGAUGAACUACCUAUGUGACUCUCUACUGGGCUACCUGCCACACAGAUUGGAUUCUGUUGGAUGCAAAUCUAAAUGCUCCACUUGCCCCUCCACUUCUAGGCUCGGGAUGCCGUGUCUGACGCCCAUGGGAUUCCGCGGUUUCUCCGGGUCAACCAAAACUGGAGCGGACCUAUGUGAGAUAAUUCGCGAAUUCUUAGGUAGUGGCCUUGUUUCAUCGUUGCUCGGCUUGUCACCAACUCCGCCGAAAACGCUGCCGGAGCAUUUCGGUUUCGGGUUAAGCUUGGUUAAUAAGUGGGUCAAUGUUAAACCUUAUCUUACUAAUGUAGGUACAAAACCAGUAUCACAAACUAAGAUUGAAGCCUCUAUUCAGAAACUCUCCAUUAAGCUCUACACUGACACGGGUAAGCUUACCAAUGUACUUUGUGACGCUUAUGGCAACAGUCAGCAUGAGCACGAAGGCGUGAAUCAUCUCGAAGUCUACGCCGAUGUAUCCAGCCUAUGCAUGACUAGAAGUUGCGAGGACAGUUAUAUGCGCUGUGCUCCCUACCUAUCCACACUGGCUUCGGACGCGUAUCAAUAUCUUGUUCAUAAGAACUUUGCCACGUACCUCACAUGGGCUGUCUAUCUACCGUGGGAUCUCUGGACUCAACUCAACAAUUUGUGUAACGCAUUCAAGAACAUUUUCUGCCAAGACUGGGGAUGUCAUACGUGUCUGCGUGCUGAGAAAUGCAAGCGUGGACAGCAUGGGCUCGUCGAGCAGAAAGAAAGUGAGCCUGCAAAGCCUCAUUGCAAGUGUCCAUCGAUGGUUCAGUGCAAGGGUGUAUCCGCAACACUGUACCAGUUCGGUUUCUGUUUUGGCAACGCGGCAACAUUAAAUAAUGAGACAUCGCCUAAAUCAUGUUCUGAUUUCUGCUCUCAGCUGGACAGAGUGUUGAAAUCGGAUUACUUCGUUAAGUUAUUCACCGAAUGUGACAACUUCAUUUGGACCAUCAGAGAACCGUUCACCUAUCUAGUGCUCGCACUGUGGUCACUAUCUCUCUUCUACCUCAUCUGCGCAAUGGUUGGCAGACUGGAUGUGCUCCACAUCAAAUCACACUUACGAUCACCGUCGUCGCACAAGAUAACGGCGCAGUCAUUGUUGGCUGCAGCGCAAGUCGGAAGGCUUGCCAAGAUAUCGUAUCUACAACCGUGA